GAGAGAGUGGGAGAUAGUGGGAGAUAGGGAGAGGGUGGGAGGUCCCGGUGUUGUGACGUUGUCAUUGGCUCGGUGUGUCUCUUCAGCUCGGACUCGCCUCUCUCUCUCUCCCUCUGUGAUCAGUGGGUGAGAGGGGGGAGACGAGCAGCACACAGCGGUCUACCUCCGGUGCUCCUCCGUCAUCAUCGUCUCGUCGGCUCGUCCUGUCUUCACACCGCCGGUCCUGGAGCCCCUCGCCUCGGUCCUGGAGACGCCUGAGUCCGCAGCAUCGGCUUCUAUCUGCAGCCUUGUUAUCUGAAUGACGGGCGGAAGGUUUGACUUCGACGACGGUGGCACUUACUGCGGGGGGUGGGAGGAUGGCAAAGCCCACGGACACGGCAUCUGCACCGGACCCAAGGGCCAGGGCGAGUACGCCGGAUCCUGGUCGCACGGCUUCGAGAUAGUCGGGGUGUACACCUGGCCCAGCGGGAACACCUACAGGGGCUACUGGUCCCAGGGGAAGCGGCACGGGCUUGGGGUGGAGAACAAGGGGAAGUGGGUGUACCGCGGGGAGUGGAGUCACGGGUUUAAGGGUCGCUACGGGAUCCGGCAGAGCCACAACACACCUGCCCGGUACGACGGCACCUGGAGCAACGGGCUGCAGGAUGGAUAUGGGAUCGAAACUUAUGGUGAUGGAGGUACCUAUCAAGGCCAAUGGAUGGGCGGUAUGCGGCAUGGCUAUGGCGUGCGUCAGAGUGUUCCCUAUGGCAUGGCCACCGUUAUCAAAUCCCCUCUCCGUACAUCCCUGGCCUCACUGCGCUCCGAACAGAGUAACGGAACGGUUCUCCAGGACCUCUCCUCCCCUGCAGACACACCUACAGGCAGUCGCGGCGGCUUCGUCCUCAACUUCCACUCAGACAGCGAGGUCGUCACCGGCAAGAAGAAGGGCCUGUUCCGCCGGGGUUCGCUCUUCGGCAGCCUCAGGCAGCUGCGCAAGUCGGACUCUCGGACCUCUAUCUCCAGCAAGCGCAGCUCCGCGAGAAGCGACGCCACCAUGAGCCGCAUCAGCUCCAGCGACGCCAACUCCACCAUAUCCAUCGGUGAUGGCGAGCUGCCAGACGAGGACCUACCUCUGGAGGACCAUGUGGACGCCACCACAACCGAGACCUACAUGGGCGAAUGGAAGAAUGACAAACGCAAUGGAUUUGGUGUUUCGGAGAGAUCCAAUGGGAUGAAGUAUGAGGGAGAAUGGCUUAACAACAAGCGCCACGGUUACGGGUGCACGGUUUUCCCAGACAGCACCAAAGAAGAAGGGAAGUACAAAAAUAACGUGCUGGUGCGUGGAAUACGGAAGCAGUUGAUUCCUCUUAAAAACCCCAAAACCAAAGAGAAGGUGGAUCGGGCUGUGGAGGGGGCACAGAGGGCUGCAGCCAUCGCCAGGAGUAAAGUGGAAAUAGCAGCCUCCAG